UCACUGUUUUCAGCCGACGGCUCAAACAAGGCUGAAGAAACGAGGCGCCGAAGCACAAAACAGAAAAUAAAACAAACGCCACAACUCUGGAAAAAUGUUCAGAAAUGUUCUUGUAGCGGCUCUUUGCCUCCUCGUCACAGUAAAUCUGUGUGGAGGAGCCGACUCAUCUACGAUAAUACCAUCAACAACACCACAAAACACCACAGACAAUAGUACUGAGUCUUCAGCUGGUCCACCAACCUCAAUCCCAACUGGUGCACCAACCACAGUCAACCAAACUGGUGAAACUGGUGCACCAACCACAGUCAACCAAACUGGUGAAACUGGUGCACCAACCACAGUCAACCAAACUGGUGAAACUGGUUCACCAACCACAGGCAGCCAAAACUCAACCACAGUCCUCCCCUCGUCGGGACCGGCCUCGUCAGGGCUGUCCGGAGGGGCGAUAGCCGGCAUCACCAUCGGUACCAUCGCCGGGGCGGGCUUACUGGGCGGAGGGAUCUACGGCCUGCUGAAAUACACAAAAAAAAUCUGAGAACAAUCCCCCCCCCCCCCCCACCAAGGACUUAAAUGUUGAAACAUCGCACGCUGCGGCGUUUCCUAUGACCCGAUCCGGUUAGCGGGACGGGGAGGAGGCGGGCUUUUCUCAUAGGACCUGAAUAAAACCGUCAGUGAAAUCCACCAGGAAUAAAUCCAUUAUAGUUUCUUGACUGCACUUCUUUAAGUCAGACGGUGAUUUUGAUGAUGAUUUUAACGUAAAAAGCAAAUGCGCUGCGUAUUUAUCGGUUUCUGUCUGCAGUGAGUGGGAUAAAUGUGUCGACCAGAAGGUUUUGUUGUCAUUUAUGAAGAUAUGUAAAAAACUGUAAUUAAGAUUAUGAAUAAUUGAUGAUAUUUAGUGCAAUGAAGAGCCAUCUUGGCGUAUUUACAGCCUCAUUAGAGACUCGCUCACUUUCACUCUUUCGGCUUUAAUAAAAAACGGUUUUAUUUUCUUUUGCCAUCUAGAAAUAAAAAUAUUACAAACAUUUACAACCAUCCAGACAGGGCUUCACUGCUGAGGUUUUAAAUAUAUUUCAGAACAUAAAGUUGGUUUAUUUUCAUAUAAUAAAUAAAUAAAA